AGGCCUCGGCUGGUUCGCCCCAGAAGCGCCCCGCCGCCGCCUGUGGCGCAGCUGCUGAGCCCGGGGCGCCUGGAAAGUGCCUGCGAGCGGAAGGCAGUCCUGCCGACGCCCCCGCAGCUGGCGACCGCUCGCCAGAGCCCUGCUCGCCAGGGCGGCCGUCGCCAGCGGCGGAGGCCGCGGCGGCGGCGAGGAGGGCGCUGGAGCAGAGGCGCAUGCGAGUGCUGGAGCGCCGGUUGGCGGCGCUGCUGCCUUCUCUGCCGCGGGCGCGCCUGAGCACGCCGUACGUUCAGGCCCGCCUGGAGGAGUUUCUACAGCGCCCCCCUGGGCGCCUGGAUCGCUACCGCGACCACGUGGAGCGCAUCUGGCGCGCGUACGCACGGGCCACCGCUCCGCGCUUCGCGGAGGCACCGCCAGCCAGCGCCGCGGCCGCGGCCGCCGCGCCCGCCGUCGGCGGGGCCGCGGGGCGGGUUGCAGGCCUCGUGCCAUGCGGCGCGGCCGCGGAGUGCGAGGGCCGCGGCGCCUCUGCCAGCGACCCCGAGGAGGCUGGCCCGGACGCGGUCGAGGUGGACGGCGUGGGCUUCCAGGUGGCGCUGGGUCAGAUCCGCGGCGCGCGCACGCCAGGGGAGGCCGAGGCUGUCCUGCGAGCGCUGCUCACCGCGCGGCCCACGCCCGAGCUGCUUCGGUGCUCCGCCUGGGAGCCGGCGCUGGCCCGCCGCGCGCGCGCGGCCGCCGCGGGCGCCUCGAAUCGCGGGCUGGCGGGGCGGGU